AUGCGCAGUGGGUCGUGGCUCUGGGCCCUACUGGGCACCUCUUUUACAGAUGCUUUGUCUCUGGAAAAAAAAGAGACGCCUGCUGUGUUCAAUGUGCCAUUGAAACACAAGCAAGUCGCAAAAUCGGUUGCUAAGACCCAGUCAAAGAGGGGGGAUACAGUUCUUCUUACAAUGGGCAAUGAUGAAAAUAUUUUUUAUACCAGCAUCUCACUAGGCACUCCGCCGCAGAACAUCAAUGUAGCAUUUCGGAUAGUCGGCAAUGAAUGCUGGGUGCCCAGAACGACUAAACGUGUUUGUGGUAUGCUUCGAGGCGAUAAACACUGCAGCGGCUCCGGUGGCUAUAACACAAGCCUUUCUACUAGCGUGAAUGAUCUGCAUUCCAAUUUCACCCUUAGCAAGUCGAUUGAAUCAUUCUUUUCCAUCACUGGAGAAUUUGUGACCGAUACUCUUGUCAUUGGAAACACAACCGUGAAGUCUAUGAAGAUCGGGAUUCUGAAUGUGGAUACCACCCAGAACACUAUCGGCUUAGGAUAUGGCGAGACGAACUCGUCUUUUAUCUCCCUUACUAAAGCAUUGGUUGAUGCUAGAACCAUCAAAUCCCCGGCCUUCAGCAUGUAUAUGGAAAAUCCUCUACAUUCUGUAUCUACAGGAGACUCGCGGGGUGAGAAACCAGGCGCUCUGAUUUUUGGUGGUGUGAACAAAUCCAAAUACAAUGGCACACUCCACACACUUCCAAUCGUCAACAACCCUGCCGAUGAUAGAAAGACUUUCCGGGUCAACAUGACGAGCUUUUCCAUCAACGAGACAUCGGUGUUCCCCGAGGGGGUUUCGACACAAGCUCUACUUGACUCCUCGUUGUCUUAUACCUCUGUUCCGGAGUCCAUCGCACAGGAGAUAUCCUCUCAAUUGGGCACUUACGUCCCAAUGUUCGGGCCAAUGCCUAUCCCAUGCAAUAAAACUUCUAGUGAUACAACACUCACGUUCAAAUUCGGAGUUGCGAGUUUCAAGCUAGACAUUAGUCUGUUCAUAGAAACACGUAGCGUGUUCAAUGAUGAGGACAUCUGCUAUUUGGGCAUUGUCGCGAUUGGACCUGAUUCUAAGGAUGCAAAAAGUGUUGUGCUUGGAGCAAACUUCCUUCAACAGGUCUACGCUGUCUAUGAUAUGGGCAAUGAUGAAGUCUCUUUAGCGCAGAGGAACUGGGACUCCGAUGAAGAUGAAAUUCUCGAAAUCACGACUGGCAUGGAUGCAGUCAGUGAGGCUAAAUUGGAGCAAGAUGACGCAGAUGACACAGGAGCCAAAGAGGAUAGUGAGAAGGAAAAGUCCAUCGGCUUCCGCAUCGAUGAAGGCGCAGGCCUACGGCUCUCUCUUUCCAUCUUUGUGAUCUGGGCUCUCUUCUGUUUAUAG